ACUUUAGCAUAGGUCACCUGGAGAUGUUUCAUGAUUUGAACAUCUUAUGGCCUGUGCCAUUUGCAACUCAGAAGGGUGGUGCAGCAGGAACGGGAGGGAAGAAAGGGAAGGAAAACAAAGGUGGCAGUGGUUCAGGACAAAGUUCAAAAGUAGACGCAAAGGACAUCUUGGUAGGACGACAGAGAGAUGAUCUACGAUCUUUGACGAUGGAUGCGGCAGAUCUAGGAUUUCACACAAUCGCUUAUAACUUUAUCGUUCGAUCUCGAUUCGAUGGGGCUAUACAUAGCAACCCAUUCGCUGCAGAACAACAGUUGGAUCAGUUCAACGUUCCUUUUCCCGAUCUUGAAACUAGAAAUAAGAAAGGCAAACAAGCUAUAAGUCCUGACUCAACAGUCCGACAAUUGACAAGGAUGACAUUGGUGUUGGAUGAAGAUUCGAUGGGAAAGCAUGGUCAUGGCCUGACAAACACCAAUCAGACAGCUCUUAUGGGAUACGACCUUUUAUCCGCCCAGCCUUGCAAUGAUCAAUCAUUCUCGACAUUAUGCCUCUCUUUGACAGAAUUGAAACCAUUCAGUAUAGAUAUCAUCACGUUGGAUUUUGCUUCCCAUUCAAGAGCGCCAUUCUAUAUGAAGAGAUCAUUGGUCAAUGCUGCAAUUCAAAAUGGUGCUGUAUUUGAAGUAUGUUAUUCACGUGCUGUAAGUGGGGUAAACAAUGGAGAAGAUGCAAAAGCAAGAAGGAAUAUCAUUUCAUCCACUCGAGAAUUGAUGCGAAUGACAAACGGAAAAGGGAUUAUUAUCAGUAGUGGUGCAUCAGAUUUGAUGGGUUUACGUGGACCGUAUGAUGUGAUCAACUUUGCGUCCGUGCUUGGAAUGAAUCCAAUGGCGGCCAAAGAUGCAAUCACUUCAACCUGUCGAUCAUUGCUAUUACGUGCAGAGACACGGAAAACUUUUCGUGGGGUUGUGGGAAGUGUUGAAGUUGUUAUGCCAACCAAUACAGGGGUAAGCAAACGAAAAGAUCGAGAGGAUGAACCAAUAAAGGAAAAGGAAGAAAUCGGAAUCACAAUGGGAAAGAAGAAGAAGUCUAAGAAGUAGGAACGCGUAAUUGUAUUGAUGUGUACCAUUAGUGUAUUGUUUAUAAGAAUGAAUAUCGCCAUGUUCAUCAUGCAGAGGGGGUUUAUUAUGCACGAGAAGAAUAAAUGGAAAAAUGAUUA